UUCCACAGACGCUGCACAACGAACGGGAGCAUCUUCCAAAAUGGCUGCCACAUCCAAGCGCUUGUGUUUCCACCUGCCUUGCGCGGCUUUGUUUCUGAUUCUGGCGCUUUUCCUUCAGCCUGGAGGAGGUCAGAAGAAAAAAGAGAACAUGCUGGUGGAGAAGGUGGAGCAGAUGAUGGAGUGGAGCUCUCGUCGCUCGGUGAUCAGGAUGAACGGAGAAAAGUUUCGCCGAUUCGUUAAAGCGCCGCCGAGAAACUACUCCGUCAUCGUCAUGUUCACGGCGCUGCAGCCUCAGAGACAGUGCUCCGUCUGCAGACAGGCGAAUGAGGAGUAUCAGGUCUUGGCGAACUCGUGGCGUUACUCAUCCGCUUUCUCCAACAGACUGUUCUUCACUGUGGUCGACUAUGACGAAGGCGCUGAUGUCUUUCAGCAGUUGAAUAUGAACUCUGCUCCAACUUUCAUGCACUUCCCGGCUAAAGGGAAGCCGAAGCGAGCCGACACGUUUGACCUGCAGAGGAUCGGCUUCGCUUCCGAGCAGCUGGCAAAGUGGAUCCACGACCGCACUGACGUGCAGAUCCGUGUGUUCAGGCCGCCGAAUUACUCGGGAACGAUCGCUCUGGCCCUGCUGGUGUCUCUGGUUGGAGGUCUUCUCUACCUGCGCAGGAACAACCUGGAGUUCAUCUACAACAAGACGGGCUGGGCCAUGGCUGCUCUGUGUGUGGUGUUUGCUAUGACCUCUGGUCAGAUGUGGAAUCACAUCCGAGGUCCUCCGUACGCCCACAAAAACCCCCAGAAUGGCCAAGUGAGUUAUAUCCAUGGCAGCAGUCAGGCUCAGUUCGUGGCUGAAUCGCACAUCAUCCUCCUCCUGAACACCGCUAUAACGAUGGGAAUGGUUCUGCUGAACGAAGCCGCCACUUCCAAAGGAGACGUGGGGAAAAGGAGGAUUAUCUGUCUGGUGGGCCUCGGGUUGGUCGUCUUCUUCUUCAGCUUCCUUCUGUCCAUCUUUCGAUCUAAAUAUCAUGGCUACCCCUACAGCUUCCUGAUUAAAUAAACAAACACCAGGAGGAUUCUGGGAGAUUUCAGAGAGCUCUACAACUGAAGCAGCGCACACACACACACACACACACACACACACACACAAACACACACACUCUGCUGUAAACACUGAGUAAAGAGAAAUAAAUCUCAUUGUGAACUCA